AUGCUCAAGGAGCAGUUGCAGUAUGUUCUCGCCCUCCCUUACGAGAGAAGAAUUCGCGUGGAAUGGCUGCUGCAGAUGAGAAACUCCAGUGCGACUAGAUCGAAUGCAGCAGAAAUAGAUGUGGCUGAAGAAGAUGUCGGCAAGGACGAAGAUGAAUUCGAGGACAAGGCUGUUAAGCUCGAUACCUCUGUCAAGGUCUCAAGCGGCCGCUGGGUAACAUCAGCUGGAACUCUAGAGCGACCCGAUUGGCGUCUGCGGCCACGCGCGACUUGCUGCGCUGGCAUCGGGCCAUUGGCGCGGGAUGAUAGAAGCAUUGCUCUGUUAGCCGGCGUCUGGUGCAGCGAGCACAUCGAGGUCGGCCAUGAUCACAGCGCAGUUUUGAUUUGCGGCAAGGCUCACACGACGAUAGCUGCCCAUUUCGACGAACAGUGUCAGACAUCUUGGCAAAAAAGUGCCGUGUGUCGGAGCGUUUACCUGUGGAGAGAAUGUUAA